UCAAGUGACGCUGACGCCAUACGUUCCCAAAUCAGGGUAUAAAAAGAAAGCGUGUUCUUUCUGAGGCCACAGAACAAUCAGUGUACUACUGGUCCUAUUUCCUUGUGUGUUUGAGUUAGGAGCCAUGAUGGAGUGCCAACAUGCUCCAGAGAUGAACGGAGGAGUCGACAGGAAUCUGACCGUGUGCAAACAUAAUAGUUUGUGCAAAGAAAAGGAGUCAAAGGACAAUGUAGAAGCAGAAAAGAUGUCUAUCGUAGAGAGAGCUUACAGAACCAUACUGAGUGAGCUCGGAGAGGAUGUGCACCGGGAGGGACUUCUGCGAACACCACUACGUGCAGUCAAAGCCAUGCAAUUCCUCACCAAAGGAUACAAUGAAACAACUCAGGAUAUAUUGAAUGAUGCGAUCUUUGAUGAAAACCACGAAGAGAUUGUUAUCGUCAAGGACAUAGAGUUGUUCUCGCUUUGUGAACAUCACCUGGUGCCCUUCUUUGGCAAGGCUCACAUCGCGUACCUCCCAAACAAGAAAGUGGUUGGCCUCAGUAAGCUUGCUAGAAUUGUUGAGAUCUACAGCAGGCGGCUUCAAGUUCAGGAGCGUCUAACCAAACAGAUUGCUUCUGCCAUCUCUGAGGCGUUGGAGCCGGCAGGAGUAGCCGUGGUGAUUGAGGCUGUCCACAUGUGCAUGGUGAUGAGAGGCGUGCAGAAGAUAAACGCCAGCACUGUUACAAGUGUCAUGCUGGGAAAAUUCCAUGAUGAUCCGACAACCAGGAAGGAGUUCCUUAACCUCACAAUGAGGAAGUGAACGAUAGUUCAUCAGUGGAUAAAAGAAGUUCAGAUCGGGCCAGUUGAUGAAGUCUGAAGUGCUCCACCUCUAUUCCUAUUCAGGCCACACGAUAUUCAAACUAGUUGUCAGAUAUAAUUAGACAUUUAGAUUAAUGGUGCUAUUGUGAUCAGUCAAACUCACACAUCUCUGCCAGUUUUACUUUCAGUGAAUUGGUCUUUUGAAGCGUUAAGGGUGACACUGCUUGAUUUCAUAUUUAAUCCAUUUUGACUGUCAGGUACAAGCAGCGCUGUCACAACCGUGAAUUUUAUUUGCCGAUUAACUAUCAGGAAAAAAAAAUGCAAUUCAUGAUUUAAUUGUCUGUGAUUAAUUUAAGCCACACAGCGGUGCUGGUAGGAAAAACUAUUCUAUAUAUAUUCUUUUGGUAGCAAUUAUUUUGCAAUAUUCAUAUUUGUUUACAAUUUCCAGAGUUCUUGACUAGUAUAAAGAUGUAUUGUUAUUCUUUACCUUUAUCUGUCCACCUGUACUGUUUUUGUCCCUUGGUAUUUCUUUUUCUGUGUUUGUUCAUUGUAAGAGGAGCACAAAUGGAGUAAAAUCCAUGUGAAAGCAUUUUUGGCCAAAU